AUGGCUCCCCUGUCAAGAAGCAAUUCAUGUGUCGAUAUUGACUUUACCCUGCGUCGACAGUUCAAAAAACAGAGCUUCAGACCACAGCAGAGGGAGAUCAUAACGGCGGCACUCGACGGCAACGAUGUCUUUGUGCAAGCCGCCACCUCCUUUGGCAAGAGCCUAUGCUUUCAGCUCCCAGCAUGCAUCGACCAAGGCAUCACCAUCGUCGUGUCGCCCCUGUUGAGUUUGAUGAUGAACCAAGUGGAACAGCUGCAAGCCGCAGGCAUCAAGGCCAGCUCGUACAACAGUAACACCAGGCCCGAGGAGAAGGAUCGUAUCAAUAGAGAUCUCGCCAGCGGACACCCUCGGACCAGGCUUCUCUAUGUCACGCCCGAGCUGUGCUCGUCAGAGUCUUUCCGCAACCGCCUCAAGUUGGUGCACCAGCAGUGCGAGCUAGCGCGGAUCGCUAUUGAUGAGGCGCAUUGCAUCUCUGAAUGGGGCCACGACUUUCGCAAAGAUUUCAAGCGGCUCUCGUGGUUUCGAGAAACGUUCCCCACGGUGCCGAUUACGUGUCUUACUGCGACUGCUAACCCACUGGUUCGCGAUGACAUCCUGUUGACGCUCGGUCUGAGUGCGACCCCUGAGAGCCUCAAAAGCUUCGUCAUGUCGGCGCACCGUCCGAAUCUGCAUCUUGAGAUCAGGUACACACAGGAUCGGGAAGACGGCAGGCUGUCCGAUUUUAUCAAAUGGAUUCGCAGCGUUCAUGACAGGCGGAAGGCGGAGCCACGCAAGUCGGAACUGGAAGCCCUGGGCGAGCGACUGGACAACGUGUCGGGCAUCAUUUACACUAUUUCGAGGGACGAAUGUGAAAGCCUGGCCAAUGCCCUGAGCCAAGAGGGUAUCGGUGCCCGGCCCUUCCAUGCGAAACUGACCAAAGAGAUGAAGGAGUCCACGCUGGCCCGCUGGGUAAAUAACGAGCCGGGCUACGAUAUCAUUGUAGCUACAACGGCGUUUGGCAUGGGUAUCGACAAGGACAAUGUCCGUUUCGUGGUCCACUGGCGGCUCCCGAAGUCCUUCGAAGGGUACUACCAGGAGGCAGGACGUGCUGGACGUGAUGGCAACGCGAGCUAUUGUUUCCUCUACUACAGCCGCGAGGAUCUCCAGCGGGUGCGGAACAUGGUCAGCCGGGGUAGCCGGGACGGGACGAACAGCGAUGCGCAGCUGAGAAGCCUACAGCGUCUGGCGCUCUACUGCGAGAACACAAGCAUGUGUCGUCACGCAGAGAUCUGCAGCUACUUUGGCGAGACGGCGAUACCGCCAUGCGACUAUGCGUGCGACUGGCACAAGGACGCGCAGGAUCUCAAGAGGCGGUUGGCGAGAGGGCUCGCGAGUGAAGAGUGGGUGAGCACGCAGGCGCAACACGGCGAGUAUGAUGGUGAUCCAUGUUACGAUGACUAA